AUCGCUUCCCGGCCAGCAUUCCAGGCUCGGCCUCGCGCCAAUCCACGUCAACCUUAGUAUAAUUAGUUCUUCAAACCUUUCAGUAUUCCAUUAUUUAUAUAUUCGUUUCGAAUAAGUUUUAAUCUAGUCAUCCAAUAAAAUGGCUUAUCUUCAGUCGAUGCCCAAAUCUGAGACCAUCAAACUCCGUGAAAAACACAUCGGAGCCGCCUGUCAGCUGUUUUUCCGUUCUUCUCCCCUGAAGAUAGUGCGAGGCAUUGCUCAGUUCAUGUACGAUGAGCAAGGCGAGAGAUAUCUCGACUGCAUCAAUAAUGUUGCACACGUUGGACAUUGCCAUCCUCACGUGGUGGAAGCCGGCAGGAACCAGAUGUCGCUCAUCUCCACGAACAACCGCUACCUCCAUGACGAGCUCGUGAUUCUGGCUGAACGCAUCGUCCAGACCCUGCCCGAGCCCCUCUCGGUCUGCUUCUUCGUAAACUCGGGCUCCGAGGCCAACGAUCUGGCCUUGCGGCUCGCAAAAGUGCACACUAACAAAAAAGACGUGAUCACGCUUGACCAUGCUUAUCAUGGGCACCUCACGUCUAUGAUUGAUGUAUCGCCCUACAAACUGAACCUUCCCGGUGGGCCCGAGAAACCAGAUUGGGUUCACGUGGCACCGGUACCCGACACAUACAGGGGCAAAUACACGUGCCCUCAACACUCGUGUUCGGAAGAGGAGUUGGGUCACCUGUACGCCGAAGACGUGAGGAACCUGUGUGACACAGCCACCAAGCAACAUGGCGGCGUGUGCGCAUUCAUAGCCGAGAGUUUGCAGAGCUGCGGGGGGCAAAUUAUCCCGCCUCAUGGAUACUUGCAGAAGGUUUACGAGCACGUACGGCAAGCGGGCGGCGUGUGCAUCGCCGACGAGGUGCAAGUCGGGUUCGGCCGCGUCGGCACCCACAUGUGGGCCUUCGAGACCCAGGACGUGGUACCCGAUAUCGUGACCAUGGGGAAACCGAUGGGCAACGGGCACCCGGUGGCCGCGGUGGUGACAACCCCGGAGAUUGCGAAGAGCUUCGCGGAUACGGGCGUGGAGUAUUUCAAUACGUACGGAGGCAACCCUGUAUCGUGCGCCAUAGCGAACGCCGUGCUCGACGUCAUCGAAGACGAACAUCUAAUGGAGCGCGCCGAUAGGGUUGGCAACCACUUGCUGGAGCGCUGCGCGGAUCUCAAGCUGAAGCAUAGACUAGUUGGUGACGUGCGAGGGAGAGGCCUGUUCGUGGGCGUUGAGCUGGUGACGGAUAGAGACGCAAGAACACCGGCCACUGCGGAAGCAAAACAUAUUGUUAACAGAAUGCGAGAAGAAAAAAUCCUCAUAAGCCGCGACGGGCCCGACGCUAACGUGCUAAAGUUCAAGCCACCCAUGGUGUUCACCAUCAAGGACGCCGACAGGCUGGUCGACACGCUGGACAGAGUGCUGGAAGAGCUGGACGCCGAGCUGCCGGUCACCAGUAUUAAACUUGAGGUUUCGGUCACUCCUCUCACCAAUAUGGAGGCCAACAAUGACUUGAUAAUAAGCAGUUUAAAACCUGCUGUUAAAAGUAUAUAACCUCCUUAUUGCAUUUAAGAUAUUUAGUUCCG